AUGUGUCUGCAGGCUGGUCUGAGCUUAGCCUCCAUAGGCCUCGCCGCAGCCUUUGCAUUCUCAACAUGGGAACAUGCGCUCCCUGCGCAUGCUGUCACGCCAGAGCAGCUCCUAUUCCUGGAGGCUUGGAGGGCAGUUGACAGGGCCUAUGUAGACAAGAGCUUCAAUGGGCAGAGCUGGUUCAGGCUCCGGGAAAGGUACAUGAAGGAGGAGGCCAUGAACAGCACGAAGGAGACCUACGCGGCCAUCCGCAAGGCGCUGGCGACUCUGGACGACCCCUUCACGCGCUUCCUGGAGCCCACGCAGUACGCUGCGCUGCGCCGCGGCACUGCUGGGUCCGUUACAGGCGUCGGCCUGGAGGUCGGCUUUGACACAAAGACUAGCGGCAGCGGCAACAGCCUAGUGGUCAUCACGCCCUCGGCAGGCGGCCCGGCCGAGAGGGCAGGCAUUGAGCCACGGGACGGUGUUGUGGCCAUUAACGACAGGCAAACACAGGGCCUGUCCCUGUAUGAGGCUGGCGACCUGCUGCAGGGCACUGAAGGCAGCGAGGUGACACUGACUGUCAGGAAGCAUGGACAGGACACCACAAAGCAAUUGACUCUGGUGCGGGAAAAGAUCAAUUUCAAUCCAGUAUCAUCCCAGCUCUGCAGCGGGGCAAGCAGCAGUACGAUCAGUGAUGGCGCUGGGGAGGCGGCAGCUUCGAGCAGCGGGAGCGGCAAAGUGGGCUACAUCCGGGUCGCCACUUUCAGCAAGCAGACUGCUGAGAAUGCGCGCAACGCUAUUCAGAAGCUCAAAUCCGAGGGCGCAGACAGAUUUGUGCUGGAUGUGAGGAACAACGGAGGGGGCUUGUUUCCGGCGGGGGUGGAUGUUGCACGCAUGUGGUUAGAUUCGGGGGAGAUUGUGCUGAUAGCGGACAGCCAGGGGGUGCGCGACUCGUACGAAGCCGACGGCGGUGCGCUGGAUGCCACCUCACCGCUGUCCGUCCUUGUCAACCGCGGCACUGCCUCCGCUUCAGAGGUACUGGCGGGCGCUCUGAAGGACAACGGCAGAGCGCGCAUCGUGGGCGAGAGGACCUUCGGCAAGGGGCUCAUACAGACCAUUGUGGAACUGUCUGACGGCUCUGGCGUGGCCGUCACUGUGGCGCGCUACCAGACACCAGCCGGCACAGACAUCAACAAGGUCGGGAUCCAGCCUGAUGUGACUCUCGGGCCGGACACAAUGCCCCCGGCCGACGGGCCGGGAUUCUGCAAAUUCGUGGCGAGCGCGGAUGCGCCGCAGCUGUUCGGCCCAGUACGCAGCAAGGCCUCUGUGGCUGCAGACCUGGUAGUCUCCACUAGAUAG